CCCCGUUUCAAACGCCCUACGGAUACUUAUCGGGAGGAUAAAGAGUGUCUCCACCAACAGAGAGCAGAAGAGAAUCCUAAGAAAUGGCUAACCUCCGCCUUGCAAUGGACGCAGCGUUCUGGGAUCUUAACGUUGCCUCGUCGCAGACACUUGAUGGCGUCGUCCGCUCCGUCGCCGGCGAGCCGGCGCCGUCGUCUACGGAGCGAGCAAGCCGCACCGUUCGGCCGCAGCAGCUCUCCUUCCUACGCCAGGUGUUCCCACUAGGCAUCAUUCCAUGCUUUGCCCCCUCACCUUACAAGGAUAUCGGCUCCUUCGCCGUCCAGUCUCUCCUCCUAUCCCCAGCUUUUUCCCAAAUGUGGUUUGGAUUAGUAGGGCAAUUUCGUCCAUGGAAGCUGAUAUCAAGUAUCAAGAAGGAAAUAGCAAGUACUGACGACAUGGAUCUAUCCUCAUUCAGAGAUAUCGGAAAACAUAUUUUGGACAAAUCCCUAUAUGCGCUUGGUUUUUUCUCACAGUUAUCUCUAACAGAUGAUACAUCAUUGCUUUUUAAUGUUGAAAGGCAUGGUGAAAGGAAAUCCCCUCGUUCAAAAGCUAUACUUUUUCACAAGCUUCCCAACCAUGAUGUAACACUGGAAACAGCAUGGCCAGAACUGUAUGUUGAAAGGAAUGGAACAUAUUGGGAAGUGCCAAGUUCUGCAUCAUUGGAUGUUUCAUCUCUUAUAUCUGAGUCUGGUUUUAGAUAUCGUUUUGGUUUACACAAAAAUAGCGGAAACCCAGAAGCGAUUAGUUCCUCUCACAGUGACAUUCCUUUGUCUCUUAUGCCUGGAAUAUGCGCAAAAGCUGCUUUUUCUGUUGAGAAGAGUAGAGACUUUUGGAGAGAAAGUGAAGAGCCUGUUUCCCAAGAAAGAAAAUCAGAGAAAAAACCUGCUUGGUUGAUUUCGUAUGACAAACAACUAAAAGAUCCUCAUGCUGCCGUAUCAGGAAUAAUAGGCGGAACUAGUGAAGUGUGGUUUGGAGGAAAUGGAAACAAGGGUACAAGCUCAAAAGAUCAAACAGGGGAUGAAGGGAUUCGCAGAUCAAGUUCACCCUUAAGAACUAGAAAUCAUUUUAAUAUGGACUUGUUUGGCUCAUUUUGCUGUUCAUUCCAAAGAGGCAAGUUUACAUAUGAUUUUAAUGACCUCACCAGAGUAGAUGCUCGCUUGGAUGUUUCGUCAGCCUCAGCUCUCCUUAAGGGUUUUGCUCACUUGGUUUCGGCUACCUUCAAAGGGCAAGUUCAAGGAGCAGUGAAUCCUCUUGCUUACCCAAGGCUUAAUGUGAUUCUUCAACAGCAGAUUGCUGGACCAAUACUGUUUCGAGUGGACACACGAUUUUCAUUCAGUUCUCCGUCUGGUAGUCUCCUUCCUCAUGUUGAGGAUGUGAUUUAUGGACUGAGCUAUUCCUUGAGAAUGCUGCAAUCUGGGAAGUUCUUGGCUUGGUAUUCUGCAAAGAGGAAGGAGGGAAUGGUUGAGCUACGGUUUUUUGAAUUCUAGGAGACAUUUUUGUUCUGUGAUUUUGCUUCUUUCUCUUCCCCCAGGUGACAACUCUUUUAGUAAUCAUUUUGUUGCAAUUAUCAUUCAAAACUUCUCAUGCUUUAUUAGUACCUUUCAUUCAUUUAUUUUAAUCUAAACCAUUUUACGUUCACUAAA